CAUGGCAGCAAACACAGAAAAUACUAAUGAAAAUACCAGAGGGAAUUUGUACUUUGUGUUAAAGGAGGUUGGCCACACCAAAUCAACACGGGCCUUGAAAGUACGGGUUGUAAGGGUUUUUGAGAUGCCUCCACAAUCAAAAGGUGAUCAACGAAUGACAGUUGUUUUUCAUGAUGAGGAGGGCGACAAAAUACAUGCAGUGAUUAAGAGGCCGUUCAUGCCCCUUUACAAAUCUAGACUGGUGGAGAACAUAUGCUACAGGAUCAAGAAUUUCUUAGUACUGGACAACUACUACACUUAUAAAACCGGCCACUCCCCACCCUUAUAUUUUGGAAUCCUAUAUACCUAAAUGGAGAAUCCUCUCCCAAUAAUGUUUUCCCUCCCAUUUUUACAUUAAAUACAUUUAUAAGUUACAAAAUCAAUUUAUGUAUCAUAAAUACAUCCAUAAAUUACUUUAAAAAAAAAUACAUCCA